AUGUUCGUUGCAUACGAGGACCCGCUAGCCUGGACUAGACCAUUUCCGGCAAACCCUUCGUCGCUGUUUCUUGCCCACUGGCACGAGGUGGUGGGCUCAUUUCUUUUCUACUGUGUUAUCCAGGCCUUAUCUCCCACGAUAUCCACUGCGCUAAUUGGAAAAGCGUACACCGGGUUGAACCACAAGACAAAGCUCAACUUCGACAUUCACGUGGUAUCGAUGGUCCAGUGCAUCAUAUCAAUUGUAGCGCUCAUUCCAGCUUGGGGCCAUGAACAUUUCCAGAACCGGGCCUCGGACCCUUACGGUUCCAUCUUUGGCUAUAACGCCUACUCUGGUUUUGUCACUGCCAUCACCAUAGGCUACUUUAUUUGGGACUUGAUCGUGUGCUUGAUGUAUAUCCGCUUGUUUGGCGUGGGGUUCUUGUUGCACGCGUUCGCUGCCUUGUAUGUGUUUACCGUGGCCUUGGUCAAGCCAUAUUGCAUGCCGUGGAUGCCAGCUUUCUUGCUUUUCGAGUUGAGCACUCCAUUUGUCAACAUCAACUGGUUCUCCUCUCGCCUUCCCGCGGGGAUGGUCCCAGAUAAGGUCAUCCUCAUCAACGGUAUUCUCUUGCUUAUCACGUUUUUCCUGGUGAGAAUUGCGUGGGGGUUCUACGCUGUGGGUCUUGUAGCUUACGACAUGUACCGUGUGGCACAUAUGGCAUCUAUGUUUUGGCCCGCCACAAUUCUCAUUCUCAAUUUCUCCUUGGACGUUUUGAAUGUGUAUUGGUUCAUGAAGAUGGUGGCAAUUGCAAAGAAGAAGGCCAAGGGUUCCAAGACCAGACCUGUUGCGAAAGAAGCGGCCAAAUACGAGUAG